AACUGCAGAGAAGAAAGCUAGUGCAAAUCUCCGUCUUCGUAAUCAGAAAAUCUCAUUUUCAUCUUCCAUUAAACCUCUAACCAAUCUCGACGUCGACGUUUCAGUUGUUGAUGAUGACGAUCCUCUUUACGCCGACGUACCCAAGCCUCGGAAGGAUAAAUCGGAGAGGAAGCCGUAUCCGACUCCGAUGAAAGAGUUGAUUCGUCGUGCGAAAGAGGAGAAACAACUGAGAAAACUACAACCAUGUCGGGUUCUAGAAGAUCCGCCGGAUAAUGGUAUACUUGUGCCGGAACUUGUCGACGUGGCUCACUGUGUUCACCGAUGCCGCAACUCGUUACUCUCUGGCCUCUCUAAAAUCAUUCAUCAUGUUCCUGUUCAUCGUUGCAGAUUGUGCUCUGAGGUUCACAUUGGCAAGCAAGGUCAUGAAAUCAGGACUUGCACAGGGCCGGGGAGCGGUUCAAGAAGUGCGACUCAUGUUUGGAAAAGAGGAAGAGCGAGUGAUGUUGUGUUGUUCCCAAAAUGUUUUCACCUCUAUGACCGUGCUGUUAAACCGAGAGUUAUACAUGACGAGAGAUUUACCGUCCCUAAAAUCUCUGCGGUUCUUGAGCUAUGCAUACAGGCUGGCGUAGACCUUGAGAAGUUCCCAUCAAAGCGGAGAUCGAAACCUGUGUACAGCAUUGAAGGACGGAUUGUAGAUUUUGAGGAUGUCAACUGUGAAAAUUCAGAAAUUGCAGUUACUUCUACUACUACACUUUUACAAGAAGACGAUUGUUGCAAGGAAGAGAAGAAGAAGAGCUUGAAGGAAUUAAGCAUCGAGACGAUGGAGUCAUGGUUUGAAAUGGUUUCAGGGGUCAGGAAACUGAUAGAGAGAUACAAAGUGUGGACUUGUGGGUAUUGUCCAGAGAUUCAGGUGGGUCCAAAGGGACACAAAGUAAGGAUGUGUAAAGCCACAAAGCAUCAGAUGCGAGACGGAAUGCACGCGUGGCAAGAGGCGACUAUUGAUGAUGUGGUCGGUCCAAACUAUGUAUGGCAUGUUCGGGAUCCUACUGAUGGUUCUGUUCUUGAUAAUAGCUUGAAGAGAUUUUAUGGAAAGGCUCCUGCGGUUGUAGAGAUGUGUGUGCAAGGUGGUGCACCGAUACCUGAUCAGUACAAGAGUAUGAUGAGGCUCGAUGUGGUUUACCCUCAACGCGAUGAGGUUGAUCUAGUCGCUUGACCUCUUUAAGUAGUCAGCAUUGUUUUCAGUAUGGUCACAUUGAAAUACUCCCCUGGGGUCUAUAGGUUCAGGUUCAUCUCAAUUCUUAAUCCAAAUCUCAAUUCAAGCACUUCUCUAA